AUGCGUUGGACGAAACGAAGACUCAUCAUUCUAACCGUCCUGGUGUGGGCCAUCACAUUCGGAAUUAUUGUGCCGCUUAUGGCUCAGAAGUGGGUUUUCUCGCCAUUCUUUUCUAACUCAAACGAUUUUCAUGUCAGAGCAUCGAAAUUUGUGGACAAAUUGAAUGCCGAUCGGUACAAAUUGACUGAACGAUAUCUGAAACGUAUUGAUAGUGAAACGAAUAAAGAUGUGCACACGAAACACCUGCCAACGGCAACAAUGGUGACUGUGAUAAUAACGAAAAGAAGAAAACAGUGCAGGGGUAGAGAGUUUGACUGUGAGCCGCAUUACUUGCAGCAAGUGGUUGCGGCGUUAGAUGAAGAAAUGAAGUUUGCAUUGCGUGAUAGCAAAGACAAGAGAGAACGUUUUGUACCAAUUGUAAUCUGUAACGUUGAUAGAAAACCGAACGAGCAACUUGAUUUUUCGCUUAUCAGUGAACAAUUUCCGACUAUACUGCGUUAUGGCAACGAGUCUCAUGAAGGUGUAUCGGGUAUUGUCAACAGUCGUUCACAAGAAUCGUUGGACUAUGCGUUUUGCUUAGAGUCAAUCCUAAAGUUGAGUUCACCGAAGUAUUUAAUGGUUCUGGAAGAUGACGCUGUUGCAUUCAACGGAAUAUUCGAAAAGAUUUUUUAUUUACUGGAUAAUCGCGUCGAGCACAAACCGUUACGUGGUUCAAUGACGACUGAUCCUAAACGUUGGGGAUGGAUAAAAUUGUAUUAUCCGGAGAUAUGGGGCGGAUUCGGAUUUGAAGAAAGCAAAAUCUUUGAAUUAUUUUGGAUUGCUGUUUUUGGCGCAGGUGCCUUCGGAUUGUUGUGUCUUGCGUUAGUAAAACCGAAACCUCAUUUCCGUUUUAUUUUAUCAUUUUCGAUGGUCGGAUCGUUGUUCUUGCUGGCAUUAGUUCUUAUUAUGACUAGACAAACAUUUCUAGAGAUGCGACGACUACAUUCGUUUUUCUAUCACAUUACGCCCGACCGGGGAUGCUGUACGCAGACUGUACUGUAUUCAACAAAAUGGAUAACCGAGAUCGUUAAAUAUAUACGAUCGUCGGAAUGUGAACGAUGUCAUUUGGGCGUUGAUUUGGCGUUGAGUGAUUUUGCUGAAAUGAACUAUCUGCCGUGCUUUCUCGUUGAGCCCAAUUUAGUCAGACAUAUUGGUAUGCAUUCCACACUCACCUCGGAUAAAGAUCCACGAAGUUUUCUGUUUUAUGAUUUUUUGUACACAGAGAUCUCGAAUUUAAUUGUUGGUCUGUGA